UUUAAAGUUGCUUAGAGCUAAACGUAUUGCAGUCGAAUGCCUUUACGAUGCUGUUGGCAACGGAGUAGUGUACACAUACUUAAUUGCGAUUGACGGUGAAAAUAGUAGUAUUAGUUAUAAUUUGCUAAAGAAUUAAGAUGAGAGUGAAUACUUGAAAUAAUGAGUAAUUGUACUUCCACCGUAUUUAACUUAUGUAUGUAUAUAUAAGAACAUACAUUUGGUUGAAAACAAGCUAAGAAAAAGAUACUUGGAGUUAUACUGCUUUUAUUGAGUGCGUGUGUUAAUAUUUGCUAAUUGCUGGACAGGAUUUACAUUUGAAGAAAAUAUGCAAAUAAAAAAUUGUGGUACUAUAAUCCCAAACAUGAAUGUUUCAAACAGAUAAAAUGAUAUGUGGAAUGUUGAAAGUUAUAUGUACAUAUUUUGCCUAUAUGCCGAUAUCAUGACACAGUCUAAUGAAAAGCGAACUGCACCCUUAAUUUAUGGGCAGAACACAUUUCCUGAAGUGCGCUGUUGCUUUAGUGUGGGACGUAUUUUCAGUGUUUUAGGUUGCAAUGCAAUACCACAACUCAAAAAAUAGACGAAUGCUUGAUAUUAAUUGAAAUAUAAAGCAAGGAUUUUCUGUAUUAAAUUUGUAAAACUGGGAAAUACUAUAAACAAAUAAAAUGAUAAAGCUUAGGAAAUGUGAUAUUCUUAUUGCUUUCUUAAUUACAUUUAAGAUUGCAGUUAUGGCAAAUCUACAACGAACAACUGUCUUAAUCUCUGAGCAACGAAAUUACAAUUUACCCUCAACAGAUAUCUUGAAUAAGCAUUCAAGGAUUCAUGAAAACAGUACUUUUAAUAGUUCCCAACAAGUGUUUCCUAAAUCAAGACGGGUUUUUCUAAGCGGAAUUGAAGUGGAAAACGAAGAAUUUCCAGUAGAUUCAGAUAUUUCAUUUCACGAAAAUGAAAAUCCAAACCACGUCACAGAACCUAUACAUCGCAAACAAACGGUGGUUUUGGAAUCUACAAAUCAUGUGAAGAAUGAAUUUCACGUAAAUGAAGACAUAAAUAUUACUAAUAAUGGCGAACUAUCAAACGUUGAAUACGAAGAGCGAUCUUCUGGUCCUAUAUUAGACAAAAUUAAUACUGCGGAGUCUGGUACUGCAUUACCAAUCUUUUUAACAGAACCCCAGGACAUCUAUGUGAUCAAAAAUAGACCAGGAGUGCUUAAAUGUAAAGCAGCACAUGCACUUCAAUUAAACUUUAAAUGCAGCGGUAGUUCUCAGCCUCCUCCUUCUACGCAUGAUAAACACGUCGAUCCUCAUACAGGCGUUCAUGUUGAAGAAGUAACUGCAACUAUACACCGCGAUUUGAUUGAUGAAUAUUUUGGCAAAGGUCCCUUCAAAUGUGAAUGCCAUGCAUGGUCCUCCCGUGGAGUUGCUAAAAGCCAAUCAGCUACUAUAAGCAUUGCAUAUAUAAGGAAACAUUUCAUUUCCUCGCCCACAUCGCUGAAGAUUGAACUGGGUUCCAAAGCUGAAUUGCAUUGUGAGCCUCCGUUAGGAUUUCCAGAACCAAAAAUAACAUGGCUCAAAAACAAUGCUCCGAUUACAAAUGCUAUUGAUCACGGAAUAGUUAUAUCUACUCAUGCCGCGACAAUAACUUUUGAUGUCGUAUCUUUGCAGGAUAUGGCAAACUAUACUUGCAGUGCAGAGAAUGUUGCUGGGAAAAGAAUAUCGGACUCGGCGGUUUUAAUAGUCUACGUUAAUGGAGGUUGGAGUUCAUGGAGCCCUUGGAGAGAUUGCAAAUGUUUAGGAAAAUUAAGUCAAGGUCGAAAGAGAGUUCGUUUUUGUAAUAAUCCCAUUCCUAUGAAUGGAGGCUCGUUAUGCUCUGGUGCACAAGUUCAGAAAUCUGCAGACUGUAUAUCUUGUCUAGAAGAUACUCAAAUAGUAACCUCUGAUGGAUAUGAUGCCAGUAAGAAAUUGGGCAAAUGGACACCGUGGAGUGAUUGGAGUUCGUGUUCGCCUGACUGUAUACAAAUGCGCCGGCGAAAGUGUAUUUAUCCAGUCACUGAAGAUUUGAGUGUUGAACUUCAUGAUGGGCCUGUUAAUAACGGCGUUGUUGGUCUAGGAUUCGGAAAGAUACAGUGCACCGGUAAAGAUAUUCAGACUGCAGAAUGUCGCGGAGAGCACUGUUUAAUCGGAAAUGAUGGCUUCGACUGGACACUUUACCUUGGCUUGGCUUUUGUUAUAACUGUAUGUGUAGCAUUUGGUGCUGUUUUAAUUUACUGUGCUCGUCGGAAUUUGGCAAUGAAUUCUCAUUAUAAUAUGACAAGGACCAAUAUGAAUUCAGAUUAUAUGCCAGGAAUAAACAAGAAGGGAAUUAAUAUUGAAACUGCAAAUGUCAAUUACGACUAUCCCAGUUCUGAUAAUAGAUUCAUGUCUAAUGAUCAUAUAAUCAAUUGUGAAGCUUCUGAACAUCACUAUGAUGUGCCGAAUUUAUCAGCCAAUUAUACUAACCCAAUAGAUGAAAUAAGUGUGGAGUACAUCACAGAUACACCAGAAACAUCCACGGCGGAUACAUCAAACUCCACAUACGAUACAAAAGGUACUUUUGCCUCACCGUCGGCAUCUAAAAAUGUCGUAACCGAAGUAAUAAAUAACUGUGGGGGCAGCUUAAGCCUUUAUAGAGGAGAAAUGAUGUUACAUGUGCCAGAGUUUGCAGUUGGUAAAAAUCAGAAAAAACACAUGUCUAUGAUUGUGUUGAGUGACGAAAGUGCCCGAAUAUCAAUUCCUUGCGCCGAAUCGUUGUUCGUUUGCAGUACAAUUGUAUAUUGUUCUCCGCGUAGUUAUAGUUUCCAGAAGCCAGUUAUAAUCAAACUACCGCAUUGUUUAAUUGAGCUUCGACACUGGCACGUGCAUAUAUACCAAGCAGAUAACGAUUAUUACGACAUCAACUCGAAUUGGCGUAAAAUAAUUUCCGUUGGAAAGGAAACCAUAAACACACCGGUUUUCGUACAUUUGGAAGAGAAGCAUUUAUAUAUUAUGACAGAACAAUUGGGACGAUUUGCAGUCGUUGCAGAACCAAAAACACUCACCGAAUACUUGCCUGCUAUUGAAAUGCGACUUAUUGCGUUUAGUCAAUUAACGCCGAGCAGCUCAAACUGUAGUCUUCGAAUAUAUGUUGUGAAAGACUUUCCUAAUAGCAAAGACAUUUGCAGGACUAUUGAGACCAAGCUGGGCGGUACUAUUAUGGGGGAAAGUGAACCUUUUGCUUUUCACUUAAACACUUGCGAUUUAGUCAUUCGUGUUCGUAAUACAGAGUCAAGUUCAUGGGAUCUCAAAGAACAAACCAAUUACGAACAAAUUAUUCCCUACAAUCAUAUUUUGAAUAACAAUUCUAUUUUGCAUUGUGAAUUCAGCAUAAAGAGAUCACUGAAUUCACAUUUGGUAUUUGAAGUGGAUUUCGAGCAAAGUGGCUUAGAAAAUAUCGAGUCGCAGGUACACUCAUUCAUUAUAUCAAGCGAAAAUUUUUCCCAAAACGACGUUUUAUCUCAAACAUAUGAGAAUCAGCAUCAUCAAGCAAUUGUUUCUAUUGAUCGUGAUAGUAGCUACAUAAACGAAACGAAUAGUUUGAGUAGCGUUUAUUUGCCACGCACUUGCAAGCGGCUGAUCUGCGCUGCGCUUGACCCACCUCGCCAAGAUGAAAAAGAUUGGCGUUUGUUGGCUAAAAAACUUCGCACAGAUCACUACAUUGCAUAUUUCGCUACAAAGUCAUCGCCAACCGAACAAAUUCUCAAUCUAUGGGAAUGUCGAGCAAAACAUUCCUCGCGUACAAUUGUUGAAUUAUUAAUAGUGUUCAGUGACAUGGACAGAGAGGAUAUAAAACAAAUUAUUACAGAUACUAUUGGCCCACUUUGGGUGUGAGAAACCUUUGAUCUUUGGACCACUGUUAUUACUGAUAUGUUGAGAUGCCUUUUAUUUGAAAAAUUAAGAGAUUAAAAUAAUAGAUAUUAUAAUAUAAGUACUGCAUGUACAUUUAACUGUGUGUUUAAGUAUUCAAACAUGUUCGUUUGAUACUUAAAUAGUAGGGUAUUCCCAAAAUAUUUCGUACAUAGUCGCGGUCAAAACCAGUGAUAAGAGCAAUUCUUUUUUAAAACAUUUCUUUGGCAACUGCAAAUGUUUAUAAUUUAGUUACUUACGUUAUAAACUGAUAUUAUUUAAGAAUGCCAUUUACAGAUUAUACAUUCUAGUACAUGAUACUAACUUCAUCGAGUUUUUUUUCAUUCAUAAAAGGAAAUUGAGAAAAUUAUUUAAUACCUGUGAUCAACAAUUGUAACACAUACAUUUUUUAUCAAAUACUUUUUUAAGUUUUCUUUUAAUUUUAGUUUAAUUCACACAUUAUGAUAUGAUUUUUAAUAUUCUACGACUGAAUAUGCCAUGCAGAAUUAUAUUAAGUUUUAAGAAUUUAACUGGCGUUCUGAUCGAAUUCAUUUCUCUACAUAUGCUGAUUUAAUAGGUAGUUAUGGUAUAACAAUUUAAUACUCUGUUGAAGCGAAAAUAGUUAUGUCCAAGCUCAUAAUGUCAUAAUAUAAAUAUUUAUGUAUAUACUUACAUAUAUGUCAUUUGUCAUGGUGUUAAAAUACCUUAGUGAUUUUCUAUUAUUCCGCUUUUAUGGAUUGGAAGAUCAUUCAAUCAUUGUAUACACAGUACAUCGUAACGUAUAUUAAGAUAUACACUAAAAUACAUCAUAGCGUUAUCUUCGAAUUUUUAUCUGCAGUUGAUUUAUUAAAAUCAUUAACAAUUAUUAUUUCAAUAUUUGCUUCGCAUUAAAUCUAUAAGUAAAAGAUUCAUACAAUAACAGAUUAUUGCUGCACUACUUAACAAUGAGCUCUAACAAAUGACCGCGAUUGUGGGAAAAACCAAACUAAAUUCGAAUAAUAUUUACCUAUUUGCGUAGUCAAAUACUUAAAGCAUGUGAAAGACAAUUAGUGUCAAAAUUUUUUCAAGUGCAAAACCGAAAAAAAAAUUCCGUGCCAAAUGCUCCGUUUAUUAAGAAUAAGAAUGGAGAGGCAUAUGUAUCUAUAUGUAGUUCAUAAGAAUUAAAACGACUGCUCAACACGUAAUACUAUAUAGGAUUGUGUCUAUUUGUUUCGAAGAAAUGAAAAAUAAACACACGAUGUAAAAGUAUGUAUACAAACGAAAUAUAGUUUGUUCUGACUGUAAAACAAUAUACUCAUAAAUGGUUAGAUCGUAAUUUACAUAUGUAUAUGCUCAAAUAGAAUAACUAUUGUAAACUAAAAAUUAAUCGUGUACAACUGCAGCAAAAGCUUAAUGAACUUCUACAUUUUUUAGAAUGUUCUUGGGACAAAUUCACACAAAUAAUGUUAGGUAUAACUUUUAUAAAUAAACCUCACUGCAUAAUAUACAUUGUUUUGGUAUUUACCAUAUAUAGUUGUA